CUUCCUUUCCUCUUCAUAGAGCAACGCAGUUAUCUUCCCAGACCUACUAUGGUUCCGUGACACGAGUGACUAUAUACUUGGCAGAGCGUUCAUGAUCGCCCAUGAUCGCAGUCUACCAAGAGCUAUCCUUGAUCGCCUUGGGCAGCCAGCUACCCAAGUCUACCCUUGAUCACCCGGCCCCCACGGCUACCGUGUGGAACUCGUGCGGUUCCUGCACUUCCUUAGGGGAACGAUUGGCUCUGGGGUUCUGUCUUGUGCCCCACUGGGCCUGUACAUAUGGUUGGUUCGUGACACUAUUCCAGAUCCUGGCAGUGCUCUACACCAGGUGUCUAGAACUACAGUGGUUUCCCCCAAGAUUCAAGAGGGCCAAAACGGUGGUUCUAAUGAAGCCAGGGAAAUCUUCGGCUACGUACAGAACUGCUAAAGGCUACAGGCCUAGAGCUCUCCUACCUACCUUAGGAAGGUCCUGGAGGCUAUAAUGGCUAAGAGGGUGGCAGAGGCUGCGGAGUGGAACGGUCUACUAACUGAUGAACAGAUGGCAACAGGGCUAGUGUCACGAACCAACCAUAUAUCGAGGCCUAGUAGGGCGACGGAAGCCAAUGAAGAGGCGUAACACUAGGGGAAAGCUGAGAUGGGGCCUGCAAGAGGGAUCACCGCCAAGGAAGUGAGCGCGGUGAGCGGCUCACCUGUUGGAAGUGAAGGCACUUGAAGCUCGGAAACUGGGUUGCCGGUAUCGUACCCUGGUCAGGGGUAAUACACAGCUGUUACACAAGGUCUAGGAGGC